CCAUACUCAAAUCGUAAACAUCAAUAAAUAUCGCGGGGGUUGAAAUAAAUAAUACAAAAAAACAUAAAGCGCAAUAAGAAGUGUGUAAGCAAACAAAUAUAAUUACUAAUAAUUACGUUAAUUUAACAAGUUAGUGCAAGUGCAACAUACACAACACAAAUAUUUGUCACCUUAAGCAACAAACAAACUUCGAGAACGAAAAGGACCGUUAAAUAACGCGCGGUGUGCAGUUUUUGAGAUAACUGUAACUUUAGCACGCCGUGUUGCGCUUUCACCCAAGGGUGAACACGGGCAACGUUCCACCCCACAACAAACCCUCAAAACCAUUGAAUAAACUUUCAUCCCAAUCGUGCUGUGAAAAUAUCACACAGAAAAACAAACGCUGCACAGCUAGUGAUUUUUUUUGUUGGUUUAGUUUUUAUUCGCACAGCGCAAUUUUUGCUUAGUGCCCACAACAAAGGAAAAGCCGCGGGCGUGGCGACCAAGCAUACAGGGAGACAGGGACAAGGACAGGGGCCGAGUCAGGGACAGUUACUGGGACCGGGACCGGGACAGGGAUAACGGAAAUAGACUAACGCAGCACAUACGCAGCACGAAGCGAAGCACAUCCAACGGGAAUUGCAACGGGACAUUCUCGUCGUUGCUGUUCGAGCUGUUAAUUUGUCGUGCAUUUGCCAACAACAACUGGGAAAAACAACGGGGCAAAAAAGUUUGUCAGCUAAACAAAAAAGAGUUUUUUUUUUGGCCUUUCGCUCGCUGGAAAUAAUAGUUCUUUGCGGCAAAUGUGAAGUUCUGGCUCACUCACUGCAACACUCUCCCACUGAGAUGCAUGCGAAAUCAUCAGCAAACGAAUCGUUGAGCAAUUAAAGGAUUAAGCGAGAGUCGAGGACGUGGCAACGCAGCAACGAACUGGGGCAGGACAACACGGCAGAAUCGGUGGCAAGCAUCUUUUGCGGCUUAUCGGGCGUGUCUCUCUGUGCAGCAAAGGGACAGGCACAGGCCCAGGCACUGGGAGAGGCACCGGGACAGGGAUUGUGGGAGGUAUGCAAAUAAACUGUCUUGCUGCCGGACCAACCAUGGCCGCAUCCGAGCCACCAGAGCCGCCGCCACGCAAUCCGGAUCGCAUAAAUGCCUCUCUGCACAAGCUCAGCGAAUCCAAAAUUGUCAAGUCGCUGGACUCGAAUGUGGGGGCGCUCAAAGAGAAGACAGUGAACAACAACAAGCCCGUGAAGCCGGUGCUAUCGCUCGACGGUGGCCAACAGAUAGUUGCCUCAUCGUCCAACUCCUUCUCCUGCACGACGGCACCCACAGCAAAGCAGCCAAAUUUGCUGGCAAGCAAAAGGGAUUUGACACCUUCCGUCUCCGCCUCCGCCUCCGCAUCCGCAUCCGCCUCUGAUAACAGCAGCUCGCCAGCCAGCUCGAAUGGGAGCAAUCAGACACUCACGCCACCCAUGACCAUUGACAACCAGCAGCGACUGGUCGCCAAGGGCGACACAUUGUUGGGCCCACAAGCCCAAACCCAAAGCCAAACCCAAGCACAGACACAGACACAGGCCCAAACACAGGCGCAGGCACAGGCACAGGCACAGGCACAGGCACAAUCACAAGUCGCUCAAGUGAUUGGCAUGCCGCAGUCGCAAUUAGUGAAUGGCAGCAACAGCAACAGCAACAACAGCAACAACAGCAACAACAGCGGCAGCGGCAGCGGCAGCGGCGUCAUCUCCAUAUCCACAGCAGCCAUGAUCCAUGCGAAUAACUCAAAUUUGAUUGGUGCAGGUCACUUGACCCAGGUCAACUCGACCAGCAGUCACCUCAGUGCCGUCGACAAGAGAAAUGCCAAUGAUGUUUGUUCGAUUGGGAAUUUAAUGGAACCGGAUCGGGCAACGGUCGGCACAGCCUCAUUAUCUCCCAUAUCGAAGACAAUGAAAAUUAAAUCCAUGCCCGUGCCCGUGCCCGUGCCCUUGCCCAUGUCCAUUCCAUGCCCAAUGUCCGGCAACAUGGUGCUGCCACACUCCCCGGCAUCCGUUGCAUCCGCGGCACUUUUGAUGCUCGAGGCAACAACGGCAAUCAGCACGACGACGAACACUAUUCCUGAUGGCAAUCGCAAUGACGAGUCAAAGUACACAUUUCGUCCAGAUGUGGCCAUGAAGUUGCGCGAGGAGAACGAGCGCCUCAAUGCGGAGCUGGUGCGUCUGCGUCGCCUGCUCGAACACUCGACAGAUGGCGCUGUGGGCGGCGUUGAGCCCGGUGCGGAGUUGGAAGCGACUCAGCCAAAUGAUGGCAAGGAACGGGUCGAAAGACUGGAGUCGGAGCUGCGCAGCGUCAAGAAUCAGUUGCUGACCAUGAGACUGGAGCGCAAGAAACUUCGCACAGACCGAGCCGAUCUACUGGGUCAGGUGAAUCAGCUGUGCGCCUCGCUGCAGGAACGGGAGCAGGAGCUGCGCGACUUCAUACGCAACUAUCAGGAACGGGUGCGUGAAACGGAGUCAACCAAUGCAAAGAUCUCUGGGGAUCGGGAUCGAGAGCGCUUUCAGCUGCUGAAGCAGGCACGCGAUGAAGCGGAACGAUCCUUGGCUCUGGCCCAGCAGCUUUCGGCCCGGGAUCUGCAGCUGCAGCGCCUCCAGGAACAGCUGCUGGAGGCGCGACGGCAACUGACGGGCUGCCUCUCCGAUCAGGAGAGCCUACACUCAUUUGCGCCGCUGACACCGCCAUCGGCUGCCUCCACACUCCUCAGCCAGCUGGCCAGCGGUUCGGCUGUGGCGAAUGCACUGAGUGGCAUCCGCAACGCCGAGGACAGUGGCCGUGGCAACUCCAAUUCGUUGUCGGCCUUCAGUGGCAGCUUGAGCGGUGGCUCUGGCGCCACCGUCGGCGAUCGCAACUCCUGCUCCAAUGACUCUGGACUGCGCAACAGCAGCGAUCGCGAGAGCACCGGUGGCGAACUGAACUUCAGUGAUGGCGCCUGCGACAAUGGACCCUGCAUCACCGUCGAUCCCGACAGCAUCUCUCUAGUCUCCAGCCAAAACAUGUACCAAUUUGGCACGCCCAAGGAACGCAGUCCCACACUCUCGCCCCUGAAUUCCGGCGCAUAUUCCAGAUCUGUGGAGCAGCUCUCGCCGGAUGCUGAUGGACCCGGCGGCGCUGGCGCCAUAACCCGAAAGUUUGCCAAUAAAAGCGGUGGGCCGCUGGGCGCACGAAAUGGACGCGGCGGCACCUGGGGCAGCAUCUCGCGGGUCUUUGCACGUUCGCGCAACAAGAGCAAGGCAAUGUCUGCGGAUGGUGUGAACGAGUACAGUGACUACUCGUGGAAUCCGCUGUCCGAGGAGGGAUAUGCCGAAAAGUUGCGACUGUUGCGCGAGGCCUCCCAGCUGCCAAUAGAGCGCUGGCGGGCAACACAGGUGCUCGCCUGGCUGGAGGUGGCACUGGGCAUGCCACAGUAUAGUGCACGCUGUGCGGAGAAUGUGAAAAGUGGCAAGGUGCUGCUCGAGCUGAACGACAUUGAGCUGGAGGCUGGCUUGGGCCUGGCGCAUCCCAUGCAUCGCAAAAAGUUGCGACUGGCCAUCGAGGAGCAGCGUCGUCCGGAAAUGGUGCGCUAUCCACUUAUCACACAACUGGGACACACCUGGGUGGCCAGUGAGUGGCUGCCCGACAUCGGGCUGCCGCAGUAUGCGGAGCCCUUCCUGCAGUCUCUGGUCGAUGCCCGCAUGCUGGACACGCUCUCCAAGAAGGAGCUGGAGAAAUUUCUCGGUGUGACUCGCAAAUUCCAUCAGGCCAGCAUAGUGCACGGCAUUCACGUAUUGCGUAUUGUGAAAUAUGACCGUCAGACGCUGGCGAUGCGACGGGUUCAGUCGGAGACGGUUGAUACGGAUCCGAUUGUUUGGACAAAUCAACGAUUUGUGCGCUGGGUGCGCUCCAUUGACCUGGGCGAGUAUGCGGAGAAUCUGAAGGACAGUGGCGUCCAUGGCGGCCUAGUGGUGUUGGAGCCAUCCUUUUCGGGCGAUACCAUGGCAACCGCAUUGGGUAUUCCGCCUGCGAAGAAUAUAAUACGACGACAUCUCAACACCGAAUUCGAUGCCCUCAUCCUGCCCGCAAGAGCAACUUUGGGUCAAGGCAUACGUUCCGGUUGCGGCAUAGUGCCACUAACUGGACCCGGCGGACUGCAGCACUAUGCCACAACAGAUCGGCGAUCGAGUGGCAGCCUGCGGAUUUCGGCAUGGAAAGGAUCUCAGAGCUCUCUCUCAAAAGCCUUUCGCUUCAACACAAAAUCCCAUCGGGCCGGCGAUCGCAGCUCCUUCGGUAACUCCACCUCCCCAACGCCAUCGUACAGCAGCAGCGAGGGCGGCGGAGGAAUAUACGCUACCAUAGGUCCACAGCAAAUGCAGUCGCAUCAUCCGCCGCCUUCUCAUCAUUUUCUACCGCCACCAACGAGCGCACCGCCACCGCCCCCCAACUCCAAUUACGGCCCAGCUGGUCACCGUGUCAGCGCCCCGCCCCUUGCCAAUAUACUGGAUCCACAUGGCUUAGAUAGUCAUCUGCUCUACGAGCAGAACAGUCGGCGCGUGAAGAGCAUCAGUGACAUCGGUGUGGCAACCAGUGGCAGCAUGGGUGCCUGUAGUCUGGGUGGCAUAUCCGCAGCAUCCGAUUCGCCACAGUGAACAGCGGAAUCUGAACUAACAUUCCCAAAAGUGAUAAGUUAAGUGUCGUUCAGCAAUUGUAUAUUCAAUAUGAAUUUGGAUUUAAUUACACACACACACACACACAUAUAUUCAAACACAAGACCCACCUGAAAAUACAUGGUGCAUUCAACAGAUACAUAUGUCAACAAGAUACAAAUACACAACCACUAUGAAUAUUUGAUUAAAUCAGAUUGCAACUACAGAAAGUAAACAGUUUAAAAUUAAUUUAAUAUAUGUACAUGGAUAGGCAGAGUUCUCCUCAUGCAAUUAAGAGGAAGCCACUUAAUUAAUUCAAUUAAUUAACCACAGAGGAUCAGUGAAUACUGUCGAGAAUUUGCGUGCUCCAAACUAAAAACAAAUUAACUUUAUUAGCCUAAUAAAAACGCAAUUAAUUUAUAUAUUUUAAUUUUUUAAAUUGAUUUAAUUUUACAAAUGCUACUCCAAAUGCAAAUGCACACAACUAAAAUUGUUGUGUGACAGUGGCAAUAAAUUUAAGCGAGCUAAAAAUGAAAUCUGUGUGUAUGUAUGUGUGCAUAACAAAUAACCAAAAUUGCAAUUUAGAUAAAUUGAAAUUAUUUCGAAAGCGCCCAAACCAGUCUAACCAACUAACACGUAGCUAAGCAAAUCCCCCUGAUCCCCAUGGAUUUAAUGAAUUCCCUAAACUGCAGUAUUGUGCAAAUUGUAAAUGGCUAUAUUCAUAAGUUUAUAUGUAUGUAUGAGAAAGAUAACCUAAUGUACACUGUGUAAUUUCCAAACAAAUCAAUUUGAGACUAGCAAAUCGCAUCAAGCGCAAUCCGCAAUCCGCAAUAGUCAAAUCGUUAAUCUCUACUCCAAAGUAUAAAUAACUGAUAUCCAGCAUUAUCCUUCCUACAAUUAUAAUUCCUGAAGCAUAUAUAUUGUAUCAAUAAUAUGAGAUGUUUAUUUUUAAGCAGACCAAUUUAACUCUAGAAUUACAAACAAUUAAAACUAACUAACGAAUAAACCAAUGAUAAAAAUCGCA